ACACACGCUACAAGAGGUGCAUUCUCCUAUCCCGCUGUAACUCCUGCCCUACGGGAGGAUCUGCUACCUGUGCAGUUUAUUCCGUAUCGGCUCGGGUGAUAAGUCGAUGUGACAGAGAUAUUACGCAUUCUGGAUCGGCGAGGUGGAUGAGAGCACAGACUACUUUUGCGGGGACUUUCCCGAAGAGCAUUUAAAAAUGUAAAGGGCUUGCACUUCCCGAACGCUUUCCCCCAGCUGAUCGAGGUUGGAUGGUGCACACUCUACGACACGGAUUCUGCUUUUGGAGUAACUUACUCUGUAUUGCUUGUGAGGUAUUUGGUGGAGAUCUGCGCAGUGUAGAUGAUGUGGUUUGCGCACAUCCACCGUUGGUCUGAACCGACUCACCGCGUUUUACCUGGGCGCUCGCGGAUGAUUUUGCGCUUCUGAAAUCUCCUGCGCGCACUAAAGCAAGACUCAGAUGUUGAACAAAUAUAAAAAGGCUGCACACUGAAUCCUCUACUGAAGACGGCAAGCGAAGAUGUCUCCUACCUGUUUAGUGUGUAUUUCAUUAGAUUGGCGUCCAGUCUAAUAAACAUCAUCAGCGAUGUAGUGAGCCUGUUCAUCUGCGUGCUCAUAAUUUGCAGUAAAUAUUCACAUCUGUUCAAAAGGGAGACCAUGAAGAUGAUCCUCCUGCGCAAAUUCCGGGUUUUGAUCCUUAUGGUGUUCCUGAUUGCGUGCUCCAUGCACAUAAUGAUAGACUUGUUACCAAAGCUGGAGAGGCACGGGAACAACGGCUGUUCGUGCUCCCACACGCCGAGCGAGGAGCCUCAGAACUGGGGGAAACAGGGCUGGCCUAACAAGCACACGCUGCGGAUCCUCCAGGACUUCAGCAACGAGCCCAGCUCCAAUGUUUCCUCCCACUCCCUGGAAAGGAUCCCGGCCACAGGAGACAAAACACAGGCUCUCAGGAGGCUGGAACAUCUCGGGCAACGCGCAGACAGAAAGAGACAUUUCAUCCAGGACGUGAACAAAAACAUGCCGGUGAGGGGUUCAAGGUUGUCGGCUCUCUACGACCACCCCUUAUAUAAAAGAUCCUCGCCAACUCUGACCGACGAGGACACGCUGUUCAACGUCAACACGGACCUCAGAUUUGACCCCAAAGCUGCAGAGGAUCAGGCAUGGAAUACUGAAGGCAACCAGGAGGAGUUCAGCCCAACAGGGGAGCUGACGUCUGACUCCUACCCCAACUGGCUCCGCUUCCACAUUGGGAUUAACCGAUACGAGCUGUACUCCAGGCACAACCCGGUCAUCGACGCUCUCCUAAAGGACCUGGUCAGCCAGAAGAUCACCAGCGUUGCAAUGAAGUCUGGAGGCACUCAGCUGAAGCUCAUCAUGACCUUCCAGAACUACGGCCAGGCUCUCUUCAAACCCAUGAAGCAGACCCGGGAGCAGGAGACCCCCCCAGACUUCUUCUAUUUCUCUGACUUUGAGAGACACAACGCAGAGGUCGCUGCCUUUCAUCUGGACAAGAUGAUUCUCUUACUCUGCCUUCUUGCGUUUGUGGUAGGAGCGUCUCCACGGGUUCCUCCAGGUCUUGCGUUUGGCGAGCGCCAGUUUCUUGGAAACACAGAGGUUGAAGCCCCGAAAGGCACAGAGGUCGUAAAGGAUGCAGUCAGAAAGCUGAAGUUUCAGAGACAUAUCAAGAAGUCGGAGGGACAUAAGACUCCAAAAGUGGAAUUACAGAUCUCCAUUUAUGGCGUGAAAAUACUCGACCUCAAGACAAAAGAUGUGCUGUAUAACUGUCAGUUACACAGGAUCUCCUUCUGUGCCGAUGACAAAACCGAUAAAAGGAUAUUUACUUUCAUCUGCAAAGACUCCGAGUCCAACAAACACCUCUGCUUCGUGUUUGACAGUGAGAAGUGUGCAGAAGAGAUAACUCUAACCAUCGGUCAGGCCUUCGACUUGGCCUACAAGAAGUUCCUGGAGUCCGGAGGCAAAGAUGUGGAGACCAGGAAACAGAUCGGGACCCUACAGAAAAGAAUUCAAGAACUGGAAACAGAAAACUCUGAGCUAAAGCAGCAGCUGCAAGACCUUGAAGAGCAGCUGAUGAUCUCUCAUGAGCCACCACACUUUAAAACAUGGGAGGUGGACCCGGAUUACUGUGAGGAAGUGAAGCAGACCCCUCCGUACGACAGCGGGACGCGACUGCUGGACAUCAUGGACAUGACCGUGUUUGACUUCCUCAUGGGAAACAUGGAUCGGCACCAUUAUGAGACGUUUGAAAAGUUUGGAAAUGAGACGUUUAUCAUCCAUCUGGACAACGGCAGAGGGUGAGUCACUGCUUUGUAACUCAAGAGGCUUCAGGAACGAUUCAACUGCUUUCAUUAUUCCACUCUGCAGCAGUGCAUCCACACAAAGGACGAGAUCAUUACAGCAAUAAUAAUCUGCGGGUUACUG